AUGGCCGCGAGGGUGUCCAAACGGCUAGCUACAGCAGCCAAGCGCGUAGCAUCAGGUUCAGGCCCGCUCGAACCCGUCUCUCCUCUCGCACCCUCGACAACCGCUCUCGGGACUGCCUACGAGCUCGCCACCGCUCAGUACCUCUCCGCACGGCCUUUCAACGUCCGAGGACUGAUACGAGUAGGCGGCGCGAACGACAAGGGGAUCGAUCUGCGAGGGAGGUGGCAAUGGGGUCUGCCGUCGAAGGAGAAUGAGGAUUCGCUCGACUACAACGACGGUCUGUUUGGCUGGGCCAAGGUCCGACCUGUCCCCGACGUCCGGCAACGAUGGGUAGAGGACAUGUCAGAGGAGGAAGUGUGGCAGGACGACGAGGACGUCGAGGGAUAUGACCUGUUGCGGAUGUUCGAGGUCGCCGUUCAGUGCAAAGCCGAGGCGAAGGCACUCGGGCCCGCCGUCGUGCGUGAACUAGAAGGGACGAUCCUAGCGGAGAAUCUACGGCGACGAAACCGGCGCAACAUGGCACAUUUCCGUUCGCCCUAUUCCCGCCAACCCUCACAUCCAUCUCGCGGCGUCCACCCCCAACCGCUCGGCAUCCUCGUCUCCCUCAACGGUUUCUCCGAACAAGCGCUCCGCUACGCAAGCGCCUCGCACCUCCCUAUCUCGCUCGUACACCUCGCCGCUCAGGACAAGCUCAAGAUGGUCCAGUCUGGCGGGAAAGAUGGCGGUAUUGAGGCUGUCUCGGCGAGCCUCAACGAGGCGAUGAGGAGGGUCAUCUCGGAGCCUUUUGCGGAGGAGGAUGCCUCGCAGGAGGCGACGGAGACGAAUUGA